AUGAGCCAUGGAAGAAAAUGCACAGAAGAAAGGAAAAGCUUCCUGUACAGGAAAGCAGCCGCUGCCACGACCAGAGUGCGGGAGGGCCGGGAGGGCCGGGAGGGCCGGCAGGGAGCCCGUCGUUCCUUCCUCCUGCCUUCUGGUCUUCUCACGGCGGUUUCCCUGGGGGCACCACAGGCGCCUGGUGUUGGGACCAUCGAGUCUCACCUCAGGAAGAAUCAGUCUGGGGAGGUCACAGAGGCUGAAAAGUAUAAUCUUGAAGUUAUGUUUUUACUUUAUGGAUUUCCAGGGAAGAAGAGGCCUCCGGCUGACUUCGGGUCGGCCUCCUAUGGCGUCGUCGGGAAAGUCCUGACGCAUUUUUGCAUAGAAAAAUUCAUCAUGACUUUAACGACAACCCAGUGCAGAAAUACAAAGGACAUCAUAGUGAUAUAUGAAGAAGAUGCUGAAGAAUGGGCUUUGUAUUUGAGGGAAGUUUUUUUACAUGUUGUAAGGAGGGAAGCAAUCUUGUUAUAUCGCUUGGAGAAUUUCUCUCUUCGGCACUUGGAAUUGCUAAGCUUACACUCUUACAAAUGUAAGCUUUUGAUAUUAUCAGAUAGCCUGCUUAAAGGCCUAACUCCAAAGAAAUGUCAGUUUCUGGAAAACGUACUUCAUUCACCAAGAAGUGUGGUGACUCUGCUCUGUGGGGUGAAGAGUUCAGAUCAGCUCUAUAAAUUGUUAAAUCUCCCCAGAAGCAGGUGGGAGAUCUCCACAGAGCAGGAGCCCGAGGACUACAUCUCUGUGAUCGAAGCCGUCAUAUCCGGAGAAGUCUCUCUCGGUUCUGAAGAAUACCUGGAGAUCAACAUUCCACCAGACCUAAGGGCAAAACCUUCAGGGGAAGUAAGUGAGACGCUGGAAAAAGAAGAAUUAUUAGAAGCUUCAAGAAGCACCCUUCCCCGGGCAGUGGUGCUUCCUGUUGAAAUUCCAUGUGAGAAUCCUGGUGAAAUAUUCAUUAUUUUGAGAGAGGAAGUCAUUGGUGAUACUGUGGAGGUUGAAUUUGCAUCCAGUAAUGAGUGCAUCAGGACACAGCCAGCCCUCUGGAGUCAGAAAGUCUGGUGUAUGAAAGCUCUAGACUUUCCUGCCGGCCCAGUGAGUGUCCAUGUCUAUUGCGAUGGUGUCAUUCAGGCCACGGCAGAGAUUAAAUAUUACCCAGGAGCGAGGUCCGUGGAAUGCCCAUGUGGAAUGGCGACCCCAGGAGCGGGUUUGUGCCAGAAUGGCAUCGAAGAACUUGAUAGCAUUCUUGCAUUCACAUUCAAACAUGAGAUACCAUACUACGAGUUCCAGGCUCUUCAGUCUAAAAGCUACCUUCAAGAAGGAUAUACUCACUUCGAAGAACUUCCCACUCUCCUCCACUGUGCAGCCAAGUUUGGCUUGAAGAACCUGGCGCUUCAUUUGCUUCAAUGUUCAGGAGCAGCCUGGGCGUCGCAGAUGAAAAAUAUGGAGGGCUCAGACCCAGCGCGUGUUGCUGAAAGGCACGGUCAAGAGGAGCUCAUGAAAAUCUUUGAAGACUUUUCGAUCCAAGAAGAUGAUGGAAAUAACGAACAAGAAAAUGACUAUGAAGAAGAGAGCAGCCCGUGGUCUGCGCCUCUUCCCUACAGAGGCCGGCCUGCACCUGAUCUGGAAGCCAGGAGGACGCGCAGGCCUAGCGCCGAAGGAGCUGAGGCUGAGGAGCUGGCUGGGGAAGGCGAGGAGGGCCAGGGGGGCGCCCAGGCCUGGUGCAGUGUGCCCGGGGCUGCCGGUGCAAGUUCUGAGAACCAGGACGACGACUUGUAUGUGUUCAUUCCCGGAGCUGAUCCAGAAAAUAAUUCCCUAGAGGAGCCAGUGAGCUGCAGGCCGCCGCUGCCCCCACCCCGACCUGGAGCUGCUGCACUUCCGCUGGAGAAAUCUCACUCAGCCCUGCAAGAAGGAAGUCAAAACUGGUGUCAUCCUGGUGUGAUAAAAGAAGGAGGAGAUGCACUAGAAGGAGAAGAACAGGAAGAAGAGCGAGAGAAGGGGGAGGACCCGUACACUUUUGCUGAGAUCCACGACAGUGAAUAUGACCUUAUUCUGGCCAACAGGAGUAUAAAGGAAAGAACUGGAAGCCGCUCUUUCAUCCUCAACAGACCUCCUGCCCCAACUCCCCGACCUACAAGUAUCCCUCUGAAAGAGGACACCAUGCCUUACAUAGCCCAGGUGUUUCAACAAAAGACAGCCAGAAGACAGUCUGAUGGUGACAAGUUUCAUGGACUUUCUAAGAAACCAGACAGAGCUCGGAUCGAGAGUCCGGCCUUUUCCACGCUGAGGGGCUGCCUGGCUGCCGGGCAAGAAGAACUCAUCCUCCUGCAGGAAAAAGUCAAGAAUGGGAAAAUGUCUGUGGAUGAAGCCCUGGAGAAAUUUAAACACUGGCAGAUGGGACAGAGUGGCCUGGAAAUCGAUCAGCAGGAAAAACUACGACAGCUACGAGAUUGCAUUAUUGGGAAAAGGCCAGAAGAAGAGAAUGUCUAUGAUAAACUCACCAUUGUACACCAUCCCAGUGGUAACGAAACUUCCCAUAACGAAAGUGUGUUGUACAGCAUGCCCUUCAACAAUAAGCUUCCUGCUCGACUCCAAAUUGAAAAGGAAUUUGGUUUCUGUUGCAAGAAAGAUCAUUAAAGAAGGCUAUUAUAAUAAAACUCAAGGAUCUGCAGACAUCGUGCUUUCUGGGUGAAGCAAGCUUGCAUUUGGACUGCCUGCAUGGUCUCCAGGGAAAACCUGUACUAUGAAAGAAGCAAGACUAAAUCUGGGGACUGUUGCUGCCACAGUGUCCUUACCCCUGCUUCAGGUGGGGUGGGCCUAUCAGUAUGAAAAUAGGAGGCCACCGACGUAGGAGAACUGUGGGCUACACCAAUGUUCGCAUUCUUUGAACAUUCUUGCCCUGCACAACGCACUUUGCACUGAAGCAGCUAGUUCCCGUUUUGAAAAUUAGAGGAAAACAAAAGCGGAGAAGUUAAAUGCUGCGUAGAAAAGUUCCUGGGUCUAUUUGAGACACAAAGCUUUGCAAAGCCAUGAACACACAGAUCCAGGGAGUAUAGUUUUUCAUCUGCGUGGUUGUGCGUUGCCUGGAUUUCUCACAUUAAGGCGCUAACUACUGUCAUUGCAUCCAUCGUGUACGCGCAAACCUCCCUUGCCUGGAGCCUGUCUGCAUACACCCUGACCACUUUAUUCAUUUAAUUUUCUGAAUCUCUGGUUAAUAUCCAUUCCCACAACCUGUACUCUUCAUUUAUAAACUUACAAUUUUUCUCAGCCUCUUUCUUAGAAGCAAUUUACUAGCUUGGAAUAGAAUGCUGUUUUAUCAUACUAUGAUUUCCAUGUAUAAAUGCUACAAAUAAAUUGGAUAUUUAAAGCUA